AUGUCGGAAAGCGUCACGAUGAGCCACGUCACGAACGUCCCCCGUGUGACGGACGGUCCCCGCGGCAGCGCGACGGACGUCCCGCGCUACGUGUGCGACGUGUGCGGUGAGGAGUGCACGAGCGAAGCGGACGCGCUCUCGCACGUGCAGGCCGCCCACAUCGAGUCCUCCCUCAGCUGCCCGUUCUGCGAGCUGGCAGACGUCGCGCUCGAAGAGCUGAGCCUCCACAUCGCCCACUGCCACCCAGAGGGCGCCGUUGUCUCGAGGGCGGGUGACGCAGCGCUGCGGUGUCCUCUCUGUGGAGUAAGUGACGCGUCACCGACGCGGCUACAGCUGCACGUCAAUAGAGCGCACCUGGACGCCACGAGUCCGGGCAGAGCUCGCGUCUACCCUGCUCCGCCAGCGGCCGCAAGAGAGGGCGCCGCCGGUGCGUCGGCGAGAGAGGGUGCCGCCGGUGUGUCGGCGAGAGAGGGCGCCGCCGGUGCGUUGGCGAGAGAGCGCGCCGCCGGGGCGUCCGCGAGAGAGGGCGUCGCCGAGGUGUCCGCGUCAGAGGGCGUCACCGAGGCGUCCGCGAGAGAGGGCGCCGCUGAGGCCGAUCGUCAUCGGGCGGUGGCAUGCCCGUUCUGCGGGUUGGAGUGCGAGAGCGCAGCACAGGCGCAGGACCACAUCCACGCGCGUCACAUCGACGCCAGCGAGGAUUCGCACUCCCUGCCGACGCCUCCGAUCGCUUUCCCUCGCGACGCCGGCGGAGACCCCAACGGUGGCUCCUUCACGCUCGCUCGAGCGUCGUGCGAUGACCGGGAUUCUCGGACGUCGAUCGCUGCUCGUCUCCGGCGCAAACAUGUGUUCGCUCGCGCGACGGGAGACGCCGACAUUGCGAGCGGAGCUUCGAAGACCGCUCGCGUGUCCGCCGUCGCUUCCACGUGCGACCGGCGGACGGGGCGCGACCGCCAGAAGGUGGCAAGACUUGUGAACGACAGCGGCGGGGGAGACUUCUGUGGGAGCACGAUCGCUGCGCCGCUCGUUAGCGCCGAGGACGAGCGAUGCUGCACGCGGGGUCUCGUCGAGCGACUACGCGCGCGCAUCCCGGCGCUGCUCCUCUGCGCGACCGCCGCACACUUUGCGUCGACGGCGGCCGACCGCGGCUGGGCGUGCGGCUACAGGAAUGCUCAGAUGUUGCUGUCGUCGGUCACGACUUCCACGCGGCGACGGGCGCCGGCGGCACGCACCCGCUACUCGUAG